AUGGAUAACUCUCCUACUCCGAACGCUCGGAAGCGAACCCAAUUCCAAGAUGAUCCCGUCCCUACUCCUGCGACCCUCAAGAAACGCCGACUCGACGACCUAACCGCAUCUCCUUCAACACCCAAGGCACUCAAAGCCAUCAACUCAGCGUACCCUUCAGUACUCAAUGGCCAGAUCGCUCAACCACCGUUAGCCACUGAUAUACCAGUACCGAAUGGCCAGCGACCCGUUGCAUCGCCAUCAAAACCAGCACCACAACCUGCCGCAGCGCCAGCCAAGUUCCUACCUGCACUUAAAGGGUUCGCAAUAAAAGGUACAAAAUGGGACACUGGAAAACCCGGUACCGAUGCGCCAGCGUUCCGACCUGCUAUUAAAAUGUCGGCACUGAAAGGCACGAAAUGGGAUACCGCACCAGCACCUGUUGAACUGCCGAAGGAAGUCGGAAUCUCUAGGACCAGAAACACUUCGCCAAAGAAACCCGCAGCCCCUAGGGGUAGACCACGAAAGAAGAAGAUUGAAACGCUGGCCGAUGAACUAUCGGGGUCUGUUGAUGAGCUUUCCGCGCCGGAAGGUUCAUUGUCAGUGCCAAAACCUACACCCAAGAGCAUUCUAACACCCAAGAAAGUGGGAAGACCACGAGGCCGACCUAAGAAUGUUACAUUUGGAGCAGGUCAAGAUCAAAACGGGGAAGUCUUCUUCGCGGAUCUACCCAAGACAUCUAAAACACCGCGCAGGCCUGAGAAUGCUGCAGCAAAUGAGAUUGUCUGCGCACUCUGCUUAAAACCUCACUCUCAGGCACCCAACCAAAUCAUUCUAUGCGACAUGUGUGAUUUCGCAGUUCAUCAGGAAUGUUAUGGCGUUCCGGAUAUCCCAGAAGGCGAUUGGCUUUGCAAGUCAUGUACUCAAGAGGACAUACUUAAGACGCCCAAGAAGACCGCGGGUGUUCAGCCUCCGGCUGUUAAGAUUGCAGUAGAUGUGCCCGAAAUCGCCAACCUGGACCAACAUGUACGAUCAUUACAACGGGUUCUGCUCGAUCGAUGUACUGGAAGAAGACGUCUGCAGUUGUCUGGGCAGCUAGAAGCCGAAGAAAAGGUUUACCAGCUUGUAGAACAAACGGUUGUGGCUGGCGAAGGAAACUCAAUGAUGGUUAUUGGAACCAGGGGAAGCGGCAAGACUACAUUAUUAGAAAAGGUCAUCUCUGAUGUGUCUCAAGAGCACAAGAAUGAUUUCCAUUUGGUGCGGCUCAACGGCUUCAUUCACACUGAUGACAAGCUGGCCUUGAAAGAGAUUUGGCGCCAGUUGGGCAAGGAGAUGCAAGUAGAAGAUGACUUGGUGAACAGAACAAACUAUGCCGACACCAUGGCGUCGUUGCUUGCUCUCCUGUCACAUCCGUCUGAGAUUAUCGGUACAGACGAAGGUGUCACGUCACAGUCGAUUGUGUUUGUGAUUGACGAAUUCGACAUGUUUGCCUCGCACUCUCGACAAACAUUAUUGUACAACUUGUUUGAUAUUGCACAGUCGCGAAAGGCACCCAUCGCAGUGAUUGGCUGUACCACUAGACUGGAUGUUGUUGAGAUGUUGGAAAAGCGAGUCAAGAGUCGAUUCAGUCAUCGAUACGUCUAUCUCUCUAUGCCAAAAUCGCUUCCGGCCUACUGGCAAGUUUGCAGGCAGGGAUUGGUUGUAGACAGCGACGAGGCCGAAAAGGAGGGCAUUAACACCUACCUCGAAGGGCAUGCUGAGUUCCAGAAAUAUUGGAACGAAAAGAUUGAGGGACUAUACAGAGAGCGAUCAUUCCAGGACUUGCUCCAGUAUCACUAUUACACAACCAAGUCGGCUUCGGCAUUCCUGACCGAAUGGAUCUUGCCUCUGUCGGCUCUCUCAGCAAACGACGUAACACUCAAAAUACCUGCUGUGCAAGCAGAUAUCGAAUCCUUGACACCCCCUGACUCCAGGCUUCACUUGCUAUCAACAUUGUCUGAGCUGGACUUGGGACUCCUUAUUGCUGCAGCACGAUUGGAUAUUGUAGCACACACUGAUACGGUCAACUUGGCCAUGGCAUACGACGAAUAUAGCUCUUUGAUGGGCAGGCAGCGAGUCAACUCUGCAACAUCAGGGAUGCUUGCUGUAGGCGGUGGUGUCCGAGUAUGGAGCCGUGGCGUCGCUGGUAUUGCAUGGGAACGACUCAUUUCACUAGGGUUAUUGGUGCCAGCUGGCAUAGGUGGUGCCCGUAACCCUGGACAUGGCGGAUUAGAAGGCAAGAUGUGGAAAGUCGAUGUCGCAUUGGAGGAGAUCCCAGCAGCAGUGAAGUUGAGUGCUGUAUUGGCAAGAUGGUGUAGGGAGAUAUAG